AUGAUUUCGCAAAGUUCAUCAUUGUUCAUUCUUCGGUUUGUGAAAUCGCGUGUUUACAUUUGCGUCGAAUACCAAUUCCUCUCUGUUUAAAAAGUCAUCUAGUCCACUGUCUUACUAGAUAUCAAACGCAGCAAUGUUUCUAGAGUGUAGUCUAUCUGCUUUGCUACUUGGUGUAGUUGGUUUUCAUAUUUUAUACCGAAUAUCUCGAUGGUUCCAAUUCUAUGUGGACUAUUUCUCGUACAACAUCGCGAUGGUUUUGCUUGGUUGUUUAGCUGUUCUCGUGGCUUUGCUAAGACCUGGAAAUGUCAACAACUUCUACCGGACAUCGCGUCUUUUAUACUGGAUAUCCUCUAAGUAUUUUAGAGUCAGAGUGGAAGCUAAGGGAUUGGAGAAUCUCCCUGAAAACAAGAACUGUAUUAUCGUAUCUAACCAUCAAAGCUCGUUGGAUAUGUUUCCGAUCUUACGGAUCUGCCCUCCUUAUACAACAUUUAUUGCCAAAAGAGAGUUACUCUUCGCUCCUUUUUUUGGCGUUGCUGCUUGGCUUACAGGAACGGUGUUUAUUAAGAGAGGAGACUCGAGGAGUGCACGUGGGGCAUUGGAUGGCGCGGUGCAGCGGAUCACGUCUGAAAGGAUGAACUUGUGGGUUUUCCCGGAAGGAACAAGAAGCCAAACAGGAACUAUAAAACCAUUUAAGAAAGGAGCAUUUCACGUGGCUCAACAGUCCAAGGUUCCUAUUGUCCCUGUUGUUUUAUCUAACUAUAUACCUGUAUUCAACAAGAAAAACAAGACAUUUACUCCUGGUAUCAUCAAAGUAACAAUUCUUCCUGAAGUUCCGACUGACGGCCUAACACCCUCUGAUGUCACCUCAUUAACAGAGAGAGUAUGGCAUGACAUGUUGAAGGUUUUCCACGAAGGGCAGCCAAUCCCUAAUAACAUGGACCAAGAUAAACCAAAAGAACAAUGAUAAAUGGUGUGUGUAGUUAUGACCUAUUGGGUAUAUAGUAUAAGAUGACAGGGGUGGGCCAAGUUGGCCUAGGCCCCCUUUUUUCAUUCCAUUUGCCUUAAAAAUAACAAAAAAUAUAAGGAAAUAUGUGGAAGAACAAUGCAUCCCUUUUUUCAACCCUCCCUCCCCCCCCCCCCCCCCACCCUUUUAAACUUCUGGAUCGGCCCUUGAAUGACUGUAUUCAAGUAGCGAUUCAAAUACACAAUUGCAGGGCUUAUUGUUGUUUGGUGAAUCAAGGACAGAUUUAUUGGUGACUGCUAUUCUUAGUGACCUUUCAAGUUUAUGAUUACAAAGUGAUCCUGCUCACCCUUUAACGCAUAUUGGAAAUAUAUAUUUCUAAAAUUUUUAAAACAGAUGAUUGUCAAACAAACAUCUUUCUUUAGACACAAACUUUGACCAGUCAGAUUGCCAUUUUUUCAUGUGUUUAGCAUGGGCAACACAUUUCUUCUUUAUCUAAGCAUCUUGAUUUUAAUAUACCCAGUCCCCAUCAAAGCAACAAAAAAAAUACUUGUAAAUAGUUUGUCAAGUUCUAAGGUCGUUUUAAAGAUCUAAAUGACAUUAAUAUUUUUAGUGAAAGUGGUUAUUGCUAAAUUGAACAUUAAGAUGGUUUGUAAACAACAAUAACAUCAAGGUUGCAGUAACCAUUAUAAGAAUACUGUACUGAUUUUAUCCUGGCCAAGCUCGAUCAAACAUAUAUUUUAUUAUUGUUUAAUAAUCCAGUACCACCAUAUCGGGUGUAUGAUGUCAUGUUAUUGUAAACGGAUUCCUAGAGAUGCAUUCAACAAACAAAGUUUAUGCCACUAGUGUUAUGUACUUUCAGGCCCAAGGGGUUCCUAUUAGCUAGUACUCACCCCCAAAACUCAGAUUAUAUAGAACAAUGCUUGUAUAUCAGAGAAAGAUGUCUGUUUUUUUUCUCUUAAAAGCAUAAGCAUGGACAUUGCUUUAUCCUAUGUAAUAUUGAAAAUAUUCAAAUAUAGAAGUCCUGUUCCCGUUUACCGAU